ACGGCGAUGUAUGCCACUGGCCUCAGGUGGAAGUCACAAAGUUGGUAAAGCUGGAACACCUGCUAACUUGGGCACUCCCGGGUUUUUAGGGCGCAUAAGUGGCCUGACAUUCUCAUGAGCUGCAACCAAACUUCUCCAGCGCUUUAAUCCGUGAAUUUCAGUUUAUGCACUGGCUGUAGGUUAGCAGAAACCCCCCGGAAGCCAGCGGAGCCGUCUGAGGCCGGGCUUCCGCCUCUGGCCUUGAACUCCUCCCACCUCAAGCAAGCCACGCCCAUCAAGACGCCCACUCUUCGAGUUUGAGUCUCGGGAGAUCCCGUAGUUUUGAACUCUGACCGCUCCUGCUGCCGGCACCGGGAUAGCACGCAUGCGUAUUUUCUUUGAAUGGGUGGUGCGCUUAUCCUCGCGGCGGCUGCAGGAGCCCUGGCCUUGCUGCUGCUGGCAGUGCGGCUGUGGGUAGUCCUGAGUCCUCGCGCUCCUGUGCCUCGGCGGUCUCUCAGCCUCUUGGUAGUGGCUGGAUCUGGUGGGCAUACCACUGAGAUCCUAAGGCUGCUGGAGAACUUGUCCGAUGCUUAUUCUCCUAGACAUUAUAUCGUUGCUGACACUGAUGAAAUGAGUACCCAUAAAAUAAAUUCUUUUGAACAAAAUCGAGCUGAUAAGAACCCCAGUGCUACGUUUCCUGAAUACUAUGUUCACCGCAUUCCCAGAAGCCGGGAGGUCCAGCAAUCCUGGCUGUCCUCAGUGCUCACCACCUUGUACUCCAUGUGGCUCUCCUUCCCCCUGACUUACCGAGUGAAGCCAGAUCUGGUGUUGUGUAACGGACCAGGAACAUGUGUUCCUAUCUGUAUAUCUGCCCUUCUCCUUGGGAUACUGGGAAUAAAGAAAGUGAUCAUUGUCUACGUUGAGAGCAUCUGCCGAGUGGAACAUUUAUCCCUGUCCGGAAAGAUUCUGUUUCACCUCUCCGAUUACUUCAUUGUUCAGUGGCCGACUCUUAAGGAGAAGUAUCCGAAAUCUGUGUACCUCGGGCGAAUUGUUUGACCUACGACAACUUACUUCUUUAGAAUUUUGCUAGCAACAGUGUUUAUUGUAAAUGGGGAACAAAAAAACUUGUUUUUUAUAAAAAAGCUUUUGAAAAUCCUGAGAAUUAUUGGUGGUCAAGAGUGAAGAAAUGUGUCAGUAACCCAGUGAGGAAACUGAGGUUCCUCUUAUAAAACAGACAUUAAUAAACUAUUAAGUAUGUA